CUCCGGUAAGGGGAGAUGUCUUAUGUGACACACAUGUGCCUCGACGCUCGAAGCGCUGUGUAGCGACAGUGAUCCGGAGCCAGAACCCAAACCGGAACCAGAACCUGAACCACGCAACUGCGCAGCCAUGAGUCACAAAUCCACGGAGCAGGACUCCAAGACAGGGGCCCUGGGACAGAGCUCAGAGGCGGAAAAGCCGCCUGCAGCCAAACCGCAGAACGGCUUUGACAUGAUCUACUGCAUAGACGACGUCCCGCCCUGGUAUCUGUGCAUCCUGCUGGGGCUCCAGCACUACCUGACCUGCUUCAGCGGCACCAUCGCGGUGCCCUUCCUGCUGGCAGAGGCCAUGUGUGUGGGGCGGGACCAGUACACCAUCAGCCAGCUGGUGGGCACCAUCUUCACCUGCGUGGGCAUCACCACACUCAUACAGACCACCUUCGGAGUCAGACUGCCUCUCUUCCAGGCCAGUGCUUUUGCCUUCCUCAUCCCCGCCCAGGCCAUCCUGAAGCUGGACAAGUGGAAAUGCCCCCCAGACGAGGAUAUAUAUGGGAACUGGAGUCUUCCACUCAACACCACGCAUAUCUGGCACCCAAGAAUAAGAGAGAUCCAGGGUGCCAUCAUAGUGUCCAGCGUGGUGGAGGUCUUCAUUGGGCUGGUGGGAGUCCCCGGUCUGCUGCUGAACUACAUCGGGCCCCUGACGGUCACCCCGACCGUGUCGCUCAUCGGUCUCUCCGUCUUCCAGACCGCAGGCGACCGAGCUGGAUCACACUGGGGCCUUUCCAUGAUGUGUGUGUUCCUCAUCGUGCUGUUCGCUCAGUACCUGCGCAACUGGGCUGUCCCACUCCCCACCUACAAAUGGCAGGAGGGCUGCACCACCACCAAGGUCCAGAUCUUCAAGCUGUUCCCGAUCAUCAUAGCGAUCAUGGUGGUCUGGCUGGUGUGCUACGUGCUCACGCUAACAGACCUGCUGCCCCGGGACCCCAGUCAGUACGGACACAAGGCGCGCACUGAUGCCCGGGGGGACAUCAUGUCUCUGGCUCCCUGGUUCCGCCUGCCGUACCCCUGUCAGUGGGGGUUGCCCAUGGUGACGGUCGCCGGGGUGCUGGGGAUGUUCAGCGCCACCCUGGCGGGCAUUGUGGAGUCGAUUGGGGAUUACUACGCCUGCGCCCGUCUCUCGGGGGCUCCACCACCCCCCAUCCAUGCCAUCAACAGGGGUAUCUUCACGGAGGGCAUCUGCUGCAUUAUCGCAGGGCUGCUCGGCACGGGGAACGGCUCCACCUCCUCCAGCCCCAACAUCGGGGUGCUGGGCAUCACCAAGGUGGGCAGCCGGAGAGUUGUCCAGUAUGGCGCUGGCUUCAUGUUGCUCCUAGGGACCGUGGGGAAAUUCACCGCCCUGUUUGCCUCUCUUCCCGAUCCCAUUCUUGGCGGAAUGUUCUGCACCUUGUUUGGAAUGAUCACAGCAGUGGGGCUGUCCAACCUGCAGAAUGUGGACCUGAACUCCUCCAGGAACCUGUUUGUCCUGGGAUUCUCCAUGUUCUCCGGCCUCAUGCUGCCGAACUACCUGGAUGCACACCCAGGUAGCAUUCGCACAGGAGUUCCUGAGCUGGACCAAAUCAUCACCGUGCUGCUGACCACGGAGAUGUUUGUGGGGGGAUUCCUUGCGUUUGUGCUGGAUAACACCAUUCCUGGCAGCAGAAAGGAGCGGGGUCUGCUGGAAUGGACCGCGGCCCACUCCUCCAGCAGCUCGGUGGACAUGCGCACCUAUGACUUUCCCCUCGGCAUGAGCUGGGUGCUGAAGUCCCGCUGCCUGCGCUACCUUCCCAUCAGCCCUAGCUUCCAGGGCUUCUCCCUGCACAGGAGGAAGUGCAGAGCACAGAGCACAGAGCAGGAAGAGAAGCCGAGCUCAGAGAACCCAGAACCAGACACCACAGUAGUUCUGGCCUCUACUGAAGUAUAACAACAACAAAAAAAAUGUAGUUUCUCCUUUCAGAAGAUUACUUUUUCUU